AUGAAGUUUGCCCAUUAUCUAAGGUUGGUUAAUUGGCAGUAUGUGGCUUUCCAAUUGCUCUCAUCGCCACGAGGUGAAAACGAAAGGUGCUCUUCGCCUUUCUCGUGCGGUGUUGUGUUGAUUAGGAUGGGCCAAGUAUGGAACGCCGCUUUGAAUCGAGAUUGGCUAAUUGUUAUGGAUACUGUCAAGUCCAGCAUCAAAUCGCUCGAUCCAAUCAGACCCUUUUACUCUAAUGAGAUUGAGGUACCACAACUGCUAGUUGAAACUGACGUUUCUGUUUGA